CUGGUCUGAAUAGAACCGCGAUUCGCGCGAACAGAACUGAGAUUCCCGCAUUCAUUCAUUCAUUCACACAUAUCGUGUUUUUUUUUUCUCUUCUUCUUCUUUUGGCGGCAAGUGUGAAACAGAACAGACCAGAAUGGUGUGAUCUCUUUCUCUCUCCCUCUCCCUCCCACACUUAUCCAUUCCGUAUCCAUCAUAUCAUCUGGAGGCGAGCCGAGCCAGCCUUCCUUCUCUCCUGCGUUCCUAUACAAUCUCUUCUCUUCCUUGUGUGUUCGUGGAAUUACAGUAUGAUGCAGUCGCAAACGUCAACAAUCAUGGAGGAGAGAAAGGCUAUGGCUAUGGGAGGAGGAGGAGGAGGAGGAGGAACGAUGAUCGGCCCUCCUAUCCUGAACAUCAACGGCGAUUGCUCACGGGGAUCGCGAAGUGUGGAGUGCUUUGAGAAGCUGGAGUUGAUUGGUGAAGGCACCUACGGUCAGGUAUACAAGGCGAGAGAGCGGAAGACGGGGGAGAUUGUGGCGCUGAAGAAAGUGCGCAUGGAGAAUGAGGAGGAAGGCUUUCCCAUCACUGCAAUCAGAGAGAUCAAAAUUUUGCAAAAGCUCCGUCACGAGAACGUUAUCCGUCUCAAAGAGAUUGUCACUGCCAAGGCAACUGAGAAGGGAAGCAUCUACAUGGUCUUUGAGUACAUGGACCACGAUCUGAAGGGACUUGCCGAUCGACCUGGGAUGAGGUUUAGCAUCCCUCAGAUCAAGUGCUACAUGAAGCAGCUCCUCAAGGGCCUUCAUUACUGCCAUGUUAAUGGGGUCUUGCACAGGGAUAUAAAGGCGUCGAAUCUGUUGAUAGACAACAAAGGGGUGCUGAAGCUGGCAGAUUUCGGACUGGCGAGGUCGUUUUGUAGGGACAUUCAUGCAAAGAUGACCAACAGGGUGGUGACGUUAUGGUACAGACCGCCUGAGCUAUUGAUGGGGGCCAAUAAGUAUGGGCCGUCGGUGGACAUGUGGUCGGUGGGGUGCGUGUUUGCAGAGCUGCUGACGGGUAAGGCGUUGUUCCCUGGGGAGAGGGAGGAGGACGUGUUGCACUUGAUCUUCCACACGUGCGGGUUUCCAGACGAAUCCACGUGGCCGGGGGUGUCCAAGAUCCAGCUGUACAACAGGUACAAGCAGGACAAAGCGUACAAGGGGAAGAAACUCAUCGACGCGCUGAAGCAGAACAACGUGCUGGAAAGCUCCGCUCUCAAGCUUGCGGAGAGAUUGCUAACCCUCGAUCCCGACAAGAGACUAUCUGCUAAAGAUGCAUUGGAUUCAGACUACUUUUGGACUGAUCCGAUGCCGUGCGAUCCGGGCAGGGAAACGUUGAGAAGAGCAGCGGUGGAGAAUGGUGAUGGGUGCUGGAGGCCACGGGGUGGUGGCUUUCUUGAAGACGUGUGGCCAUUCCGAGUGGCUGCUUCGUGGAACCAUGCAAGUUGUAGUCGAGCAAGCUCUGCGCUGGGAUGCUCGGGAAAGGCAACCACUUGUCACUCCAGGGUUUCCACAUUGGUGCCAGGAGGGUGUAGUGAUUUUUGGUGUGAUGAUGACGUAUAUCUUGCACCGUGCGCGAGGAAAGUGCUGUCCUCUGUGCCGUCGCACGGAGAAAGGGAAAAGUUGAAGGCGCGUCGAUAUGCGAAACGGGAAUCACCGCUUGGCGGCUUUAGAUUUUUUGUGACUGAUCGGGGAAGAGGAGCAACUUUUCAGCACUCACAAGCCGCCGGCCGCCGCUUGUGUCAGAUCUCCUGUGUCGAGGUGUAGUUAGGAGGGAUACCAGACCAGACGUGGCGGGGAUGAUCUUGCGGCGGGGGUUGAAGUUGUGGAAGGAGAGAGAACGACGUUAGGCGAGGUAAUGGCUUUGGUGAAAAUGAGGAGGUACCCACAGUUAAACGAAGGCGCAGGAUAGAGAGGGAUGAUGAAUGGGAUGUCUGAGAGAAACCAUCCGUCUCUUUUGUCAUCAUCGGGGAAAACAUUGGCUUGGCUUGAGAUAGGGAGAGAUGCAGUGUGCAUCAGUGGUUGACUUUUGUUUUUUUCUAAUGUGUUCUUUUCUCUUGUAGAUGACUCAGUGGUGAUGGUGACAGGGAAGAGAGAGGGUACUUGCAAUUGAGAACAACAAGGGAGAAGGGAGAGAGAGGAAGGGGAGACAAGGGAGAAGGGAGAGAGAGGAAGGGGAGACAAGGGAGAAGGGGAGAAAGAUGGGAGUAGUGGAUGGUUGAAUGAUGGACCAUGGUGAUGGUGCCAAGAAGAGGUGGGAGAGGUGGGUCUGGAAGAAUUGAGGGAGGUGUGUGUGUGUGUGUGUGUGUGUGUGGAGAGAGAGAGAGAGAGAGAGAGAGAGAGAGAGAGAGAGAGAGAGAGAGAGAGAGAGAGAGAGAGAGAGAGAGAGAGAGAGAGAGAGAAGGCGGGAAUGGAGAGUGUACAUAUGAUUUUGUUUGGAGGGAGGUUCCGUACGUUUCUGACGAGAUUGUUGACGGAUAGGGUAGUUUUGAGUAGGAGGUUUUUAAGCUUUUAGAUGUGCUGAUCUGCGCCGUGGGCUGGGAAGCAGAUCGGACCGGGAAGCGGAUGGGGCCAGAAUCGGAUGGGACCGGAAUCGGAUGGGAGUCUGUCUGUCUGAUUGCGGCAAUGGACGACCUUGAUGACGAUUCCGUGUUCAGAAUGUGUUCAAGCAGAGACUGCAAACAAGUUAGUUGACAAGGAAAUGUUGUUCUCGGUCCAAAUCGAUGUGAUGGAUUGUCCUAGUGUUCUCCUGUGAUUAAAGAGCAUUAUUCAUUUUAGAGCAAAUAAAAACAGAGCUUUGAG